AAGCAAUGGCUACAGGAUCAGGAGAGUCCAAAACGACGUCCAAGAAACUUUUUUACGUCAGAGACUCUGUCGUGGAUGUCGAGGAGGACUUCAACCAUGAGUUCAAAGGUCAUCGCAAUCUGGCGGUGGAAGAGCUGCCAUCUUGGUGCUAUCAGCCAGGCAGCGAGAGAAGGUCACGCCGAGCCAUUUCAAGAGCCCUGAAUGCGUUCCUGAACACUGGGAAGGGAGGGACGGUGUACCUGGGAAUAACAGACGACGGCCGUGUGAAGGGCAUCAGACUCACACAGUACCAGAAGGAUCAUGUAGUGACCGGCAUGGUGGACCUGAUGGGGAGAUACAACCCUCCAGUAGCCAGGCAUCGCUGGAAAAUCAAGUUUGUCCCCGUCGUCACUUUACGAGAAGAAAUCGAGGCAGGAAAGGGUGCAGAUGUUAGGGAGGGUCUGGAUGAGGAGACCAGACAGAGACCUCACCUCCUGAGGACUCCUGACUACUGCUGGUGUGACAAGGAUGCUCUGGCUCAGUUCAACAUGGGUUUUGUUGCACCUGACUACGUGAUCGAGAUUACAGUAUUGCCCUUUAACACUUCCAACCCUGAAAACGAUGUGGCGCUCCCUGGAGGUGCCGUGCUGUAUCCCAUACAUGAGGACGAGGAGGGGCACGCCUACUUCCGCAGACAAGCCUGUAUAUAUGCCUAUACCAUGCAGGAGAUCAAAGAACUGACUGUGCAGCAGGUCAGGGAACACUACCAGCCAACAGUAGACAGUUUAAGGGAACAUCUGUACACACUACGGAGUCAAAGCCAGCAGCAGAAGUGGGAAUCACCAGAUCAGAAGUUAAAGUAGCUCGUAGCUUCAGACGUAGCCUGUGUUUUAUCCCGUUCAGACCAGACUUUUGAAAAACGAUUGAAACCGCCAAAUAAUUAGCAGGGGAAAACCUGGUUAAAACCCCUAGCGUUCACACCAGACUUACAAAACCGGUUUUUCAAAAACCCUGUAUAUCCGGUUAAUCUGCCAUUAAGCCAUGACUGCAGUUUGAAUGAAGGCUUAAUUAAAACCAUGUUCCCGCAACUUGUUUGAAAUAUCCAGGUAAACAUUCUUGUUUCGGUACAAAAACUCCUCAUAAACCACCUCCCGAGGUGGUAUUGAAAAUUGGAUUCAAACCCCUUUAAAACGGUUGAUUUGUGUUCACACUAGGUUAAAUAAAAAACAGUUUUGAAAAACCGGUUGAAACCGCUAAAUACAAGUCUAGUCUGAAUGGGGUCUUACACAAUCCCUCGCUGCCAGGGACUGACUGGGCCUCCUCCCUGCCUGUGAGUUUGUGGCUACACACCUCUAAUUGGCAAGAAUCAUUCCCAUUCUCUGAACAACCAAUGGGAGCUGAGGAUGCUUCAUCAUGAUGAAAAUCAAUCCAAUAGGAACAUUAGGCCACAGCAAGUAAAUUUUAUGGAUAACAUCCUCCGCAGACUCCAGAUCUAAUGCGAGCGGGCGAAAAAAAAC